AUGCAGUGGUUUAAAUGGGCGGGCAGCUGGAAAUCUCACCUUCCGGGACAGUACACAGGAGCACAGGAAGAGGACGCUUGUGAUUACCUCUUUAAAAUUAUCUUUGUUGGAGACAGCAAUGUGGGAAAGACAAGUAUCAUCAGCAGCCUUGAGUCUGGAGACUUUAAAGACAAAAUGCAAAACACUAUUGGUGUGGACUUUAUCGUGCAUACCAUGGACAUAGAUGGCAAGACGGUGAAGAUGCAAAUAUGGGACACUGCUGGCCAGGAGCGUUUCCGCACUAUUACACAGAGUUACUACCGUAAUGCCCAUGGAGCCAUGAUUGCUUAUGACCUGACACGCCGCCCCACCUUUGACUCGCUACCUCACUGGAUACAUGCUGUAGAGCAGAAUGGAGCCUCGAAUGUAGUCUUUGUUUUUAUAGGUAAUAAGUGUGACCUGGAACCUCAGCGCCAGGUUUUGUUUGAGGAUGCCUGUACUCUAGCUGAACAGAAGGGGGCGCUGGCAGCCCUGGAGACAUCGGCUAAGGAGAACCACAAUGUACAGGAGGCGUUUGAGCUAAUGGCGCGGGAAUUAAUAGUUCGAAAUUGUGGGACACUCCAUCAUGAUGCUGUGUUAGAUACGCCAAAUGUCUUCCUGUACGCAGAGACUCACGGAAUAGAUGAAGCUGAGUCCCAUGAGAAGAAGUCCUGUGACUGCUGAAAUAAAGGAGAGGGACGGUGCUAAUUCUCUGAGGGAGUCUCUGAACUGGUGCAGUUACUAAAUUUGCACAAAGAAAACCUUUCUUGGCAAGAAUAUUUUAAUCCCACUGACAUCCUUCAUUUUAAAUAAAAACAAACACGCUUUAACUUAUUUAACACCAGACACUUACCUCAGCAUUUGCAAGUAAUCUGCCUUAAGGACAAAAUAAUGUGUGGACUCAUAUCCAUUUCCUGGGCCAAGAUAUGGUAAGAUAGCUGGAGAUUCACCAGACUGUAUCAUUUGUAAAAGAAAAUACAUUAAAGAGUAAAGCUAUUUAAACAUAAGCCGUAAAGAGGAAAUGUCUAAAUAUUUAAGUCAACUAAUUAAAUGUGAACAC